AUGGAAUACGAACCUCACCGUUAUUCCCACGGUCCCUCGCUCGGCAUUCAUACCAUUCAGCCUUCAACACACUACUACCUUCACGCACGCAAUGCACCGCUCGCUAUGUCUCACGCGUCAAGGGUAGAUCCCCGGGGCUUGGGAGGUCCUAUCGGUGGACAGCGAAGCCGUGGAAACAUGGGCCUUGACGAAGGAACAACCGAGUCAGGCCAGACGAGGCGCCGAAUCGCUGUAGCGUGCGCUCGCUGUAGGAAACGGAAGAUUCGGUGCAGCGGCGACCCCGGAAAUGGCACUGGGUGCCAAAAUUGCAGAUCGUCUGGUAUUGAUCUUAAUCAAUGCCAAUUCCAUCGAGUAGGAUCGCAAAAUGCAGCGGAUGUCAUCACCAAUCUGAAUGUGGCACAAGGCCUUGCUAGUAUGGCGAAUUCAAAUAAUAUGAUUCCCAUCUACAACGCUGUUUCAAGUGCUAUUUACCCACGGGCUUUACCCGCCGGUCACUACCCUCAUAUCAACACAAAAUCUGUGUUUCCACAGGCCUGGACUAUACCAUACCCUGAAGAGACAUCCCCGGUGGAAGCGUACGGCUUGGACUCUUCAAAUGCAUAUCUGCCAAAUCAAAAUACUGUACCUAAUCUCUAUGGGGACAGCUACCGAUGGAAUCAUGCCAAUCAGAAGGUACUGUAUAGUGGGUCCAAUCCCUAUCUGGAACAGGAGGCUUCUGUGCAUUCCUCAUACACACCAGCUUGUCUCCCCUAUCCGUCAGCUUCCAACAUACGGGCUACAGUGAAGACUGAAUCCCUAUCGCCCCUUAGCAUGACCUCCCUGCAGUCUACGCUUCCGAUUACUCUUCCAGAGAGACCACACCCUCGACAGGUACAGAUUUCGGAGUCUGCUGCCCCACAACGACAAUUGCCAAUGCCCCAACCAAAUCCAGCAUCAACUUCGAGGAAUGCAGUGGACCAGUUACAGGACCAAAGGCUGAGGCCGGCGCCAGUAGUAAAUGGAUCUUCACAUAGCGCCACCGGAGCGUACACACCAAAAGCAUCAAUGGUAUGGAAUGUGGAUGGAGCCAGAUCUGAUGUUCAAGGUGCCGCCUCCGGGGAGACGACAUCUACUGAGCUCAGUGAGCAGUUAAGUCCGCCAAAAGACUACACAUCUUCGGCAAGCGCAGCGGAAGGUGCGAUGGGUUAUGUGCCUGUCACAACUUCUGUUCACAACGAGACUUCUUCCGCUACAAGUACUCCGCAACAACAAAUCAGUUUCAGCGCCGCACCGCUCUUCGAAUCGAUGGUUGCACCUACGCCAAGCGCUACGUAUUCGAAUUUCCGCAACUACACUCUCCCCACUUCGUCAUCCACCGAUGCUCUUGCCAUGUUAGCACGCCAGCCGUCACAGACGAGUUUCUAUAGCUUCAGUACCGACAACGAUGCGAAGAGAAAUUCACUCAGCGAUGCCUCAAGCGAGGCUACGCUAGUAAGUGGCCAGCGCUAUGCACCCCUCGGCCUUCCUCAACCGCAGAAUGCGGGUAAUAUGAACGGCUUACGGCGCAAUUCCUUCGAAACCCGAGUGCCUAUUCACCAUGUCUCGAUGUCGAAUCUCAAUCGUAGUUAUUAAUGUCUAGUGAUAGUGUUUGUCAGUUGCCCCGCCUCAAUAGGCCUGUCCUUAUCCCUAGAACACAUACUUGUUACUCCCUUGUUACGAAUAUCGUAGGUAGAUUUAGAUAGGGC